UUCAGCACUAAAACCAGGGUGAGAAGCAGUGUGUGUGUGUGUGUGUGUGUGUGUGUGUGUGGUGUGUAAAAUGUGUUUUUCAAAGUACCGAGAGGUCAAUGACACUGAUUAACUCCUCUGAGAAGAAGAGAAAAGGUUCUCGGACCUCUUCUUGUUUCUUCCUUAGAAUAAUUUGGAUGGGAUUUGUGAUAAAGAAAAGCCUAAGGGAAAAAGGAUAUUCAUUCUGUGUGGUGGAAAAUUUUUGAAAAAAAAAAUUGCUUUCUUCAAACAAGGGUGUCAUUCUGAUAUUUAUGAGGACUGUUGUUCUCACUAUGAAGGCAUCUGUUAUUGAAAUGUUCCUUGUUUUGCUGGUGACUGGAGUACAUCCAAACAAAGAAACAGCAAAGAAGAUUAAAAGGCCCAAGUUCACUGUGCCUCAGAUCAACUGCGAUGUCAAAGCUGGAAAGAUCAUCAAUCCUGAGUUUAUUGUAAAAUGUCCAGCAGGAUGCCAAGACCCCAAAUACCAUGUUUAUGGCACUGACGUGUACGCAUCCUACUCCAGCGUGUGCGGUGCUGCCGUACACAGUGGUGUGCUUGAUAAUUCAGGAGGGAAAAUACUUGUUCGGAAGGUUGCUGGACAAUCUGGCUAUAAAGGGAGUUAUUCCAACGGUGUCCAGUCAUUAUCCCUACCACGAUGGAGAGAAUCCUUUAUCGUCUUAGAAAGUAAACCCAAAAAGGGUGUAACCUACCCAUCAGCUCUUACAUAUUCAUCAUCCAAAAGUCCAGCUGCCCAAGCAGGUGAGACCACAAAAGUCUAUCAGAGGCCACCUAUUCCAGGGACAACUGCACAGCCGGUCACUCUGAUGCAGCUUCUGGCUGUCACUGUAGCUGAGGCCUCCCACACCACCUUGCCAAGGCCAUCCCCUUCUGCAGCUUCUAACACCAGCAGCCCCAGACCACAGCCUGUGGGCCACAGGAGCCAGGAGAUGGAUCUCUGGUCCACUACCACCUAUACAAGCAGCCAAAACAGGCCCGGAGCCAAUCCAGGAGACAUGGACUUACUGAAACCUGGAUCGGUCUUUUUAGAUGAAGGAUUUGUUCCAAAAGAAGAAUUGAGCACACAGUCUUUGGAGCCAGUAUCCCUGGGAGAUCCAAACUGCAAAGUUGACCUGUCGUUUUUAAUUGAUGGGAGUGCCAGCAUUGGCAAACGGCGAUUCCGAAUCCAGAAGCAGCUCCUGGCUGAUGUUGCCCAAGCUCUUGACAUUGGCCCUGCCGGUCCACUGAUGGGUGUUGUCCAGUACGGAGACAACCCUGCUACCCACUUUAACCUCAAGACACACAUGAAUUCUCAAGACCUGAAGACAGCCAUAGAGAAAAUUCCCCAGAGAGGAGGGCUUUCUAAUGUAGGCCGGGCCAUCUCCUUUGUGACCAAGAACUUCUUUUCCAAAGCCAAUGGAAACAGAAGCGGCGCUCCCAACGUGGUGGUGGUGAUGGUGGAUGGCUGGCCCACGGACAAAGUGGAGGAGGCUUCGAGACUUGCGAGAGAGUCAGGAAUCAACAUUUUCUUCAUCACCAUUGAAGGUGCUGCUGAAAAUGAGAAGCAGUAUGUGGUGGAGCCCAACUUUGCAAACAAGGCCGUGUGCAGAACCAACGGCUUCUACUCACUGCACGUGCAGAGCUGGUUUGGCCUCCACAAGACCCUGCAGACCCUGGUGAAACGGGUCUGUGACACCGACCGCCUGGCCUGCAGCAAGACCUGCUUGAACUCGGCUGACAUUGGCUUCGUCAUCGACGGCUCCAGCAGCGUGGGGACAGGCAACUUCCGCACCGUUCUCCAGUUUGUGACCAACAUCAGCAAAGAGUUUGAGAUUUCUGAUACGGACACGCGCAUCGGGGCUGUGCAGUACACCUAUGAGCAGCGGCUGGAGUUUGGGUUUGACAAGUAUAGCAGCAAGCCCGACAUCCUCAACGCCAUCAAGAGGGUGGGCUACUGGAGUGGUGGCACCAGCACGGGGGCUGCCAUCAACUUCGCCCUGGAGCAGCUCUUCAUGAAGUCCAAGCCCAACAAGAGAAAGUUAAUGAUCCUCAUCACCGAUGGGAGGUCCUAUGACGACGUGCGGAUCCCAGCCAUGGCUGCCCAUCUGAAGGGAGUGAUCACCUAUGCAAUCGGCGUUGCUUGGGCCGCACAGGAGGAGCUAGAAGUCAUUGCCACUCACCCCGCCAGGGACCACUCCUUCUUUGUGGAUGAGUUUGACAACCUCUACCAAUAUGUUCCCAGGGUCAUCCAGAACAUUUGUACAGAGUUCAAUUCACAGCCUCGGAACUGAAUUCAGAGCAGGCAGAGCGCCAACGAGUGCUGCUUUACUGACUGACUCUUUGGGCAACACCAGCGCUUGAGGGGGCACACACAGGGCAUCCAGGCGUGGGAAGGGCUUGGGGAAACAGAUCCCCUGUUGUUAUUCUUUGCCAUCAGGCUUUUUCAUACUCCAAAACUUGGAGUGACAAAGAAGAUCACAAAUUUAUAGAAUGAGCCGAAAUGCUACAUCAUGUUGAGGGCACUGGGGAUUUUACGUUUUGACAAUUGUUUUCUAAAUAAAUGUUCAGAAUGCAGUGCAGCCCUUAUGACAGGCUCACAUAGAGCUUUUGUGAGAAUUUUAAGUUUUUGUUUCUCAUUAGAAUUCUGUAACUCUCAGGAGGUUUCAUUUUUGUCAUGAUGAUGUAGAAAUUACUUAAUUAAAUGUUUAAAAGGAUGACA